UAUGGGUCCAGAGCAGACGCGCCCGUCUGCAGACUACAAGGCCAGCGGCGGCUUCGAGACCUCCAAUGGCACUCUCUACGUGUCAAAGCCCUACCGCUCAAAGACCUCCAAGAAGCUCAGAGCGCUCAUAACAUUCGUCCCCCGCAAGUCCGCUUUUGACAUCAACAACGAGAACUCCGUCACAAAUGAAUUCCGGGGCUUUUUCUCGCUGUUCUGGAUAUCGAUAUUCAUAUUCACCAUUCAGACCUAUGUUCGCAGCAUUGAGGCCAGCGGUCGUCCUCUCAACCUGCAUUUUGCGACCAUGUUCUCGCAAGACGCGAUUACGCUUGCCCUGAGUGACGCUUUCCUGGUACUCAGCACGGGUAUCUGUGUCCCCUUUGCGAAGGCCUUGAAGAACGGAUGGAUACGUUAUAACUGGACCGGAGUGAUUUUUCAACACCUUCUUCAAACAACUAUUCUAUUCGGUGCUAUCUGCUGGACGUUCAAUAGAAAUUGGCCGUGGGUUCAAUCAGGCUUUUUGACUCUACAUUCACUGGUUAUGGUCAUGAAAAUGCACUCGUACAUCACGGUCAACGGUCAAUUGCAAGGCGUGCAGAAGCAAGCUAAGGACCUUAUGACCUGCAUGCAGAAGGCUACUGAAUCAGUCGGAGGAUGGGAGAAGGCGAUGAGUGUCGCGCAGAUGAAGCAGGCGGAACUCGAAGUGCAGAACCUAAACAACUCAUCUCAGCCUUCACCGCCAAACGGUGCGGCAUCGCACGAACCAACGCCCAUUGGCACACCAAAAGUGCCCGAAGGGCUGUCUACAUCCGCUGUAGAUAUCAACACGGCUACUGCGCUGCGAAAAAGACUUACUGCGAUCUCGAAAGAAUCGAGCAACGACUAUUUCACACCUAAAAGCACGCAUGCGCGAGCGAGCGACGACGUUCACGGUGUGAAGUCAUUGCAUAAAUCCACGUCAAAAGACGGCCCAGAGCCAACUGGAAGCAGGUUCAUGGUCGGAGAGGAUGAGGACCGUCCGGACCUCGGCCCACAUCCUCUUGUUUACCACCCCGAUGAGCAGAUUUCCGCGAUGGCGAGAGACUACUCCGAGUUGGAGAGUGAGCUGGCCAGCGAUGGGCCCCUGUACGUGCGCUGGCCGGAGACGAUCACCUGGAAGAACUUUGCGGUGUAUCAGCUCAUCCCGUCGCUCGUCUAUGAGCUGGAAUAUCCUAGGACUGACCGGAUACGGCCCCUCUACCUAUUUGAGAAAACGGUGGCGACUUUCGGGACAUUCGCGCUCCUGUACACUGUCACGGAGAGCUUUAUCCUCCCAUACACGCCGACCGCCGACCAGUCCUUCCUGCGGUCGCUGCUAGACCUAGCGCUGCCGUUCAUGAUGGCCUACAUCCUCCUCUUCUACAUCAUUUUUGAAUGCAUCUGCAACGCCUUUGCCGAACUCUCUUGCUUCGCGGAUCGGCAAUUCUACGAAGACUGGUGGAAUUCGACCUCCUGGGACGAGUUCUCGCGCAAGUGGAACCGGCCCGUGCACGCGUUCCUGCUGCGUCACGUCUACGCGGCGACAAUUCUGAGCUACCGCCUCUCGAAGACGUCGGCCAUGUUCGUCACGUUCCUCCUCAGUGCGUGUGCGCAUGAGCUCGUGAUGGUGGUCGUUACGCAGAAGCUGAGGAUGUAUCUGUUCACCCUUCAGAUCAUCCAAAUACCGCUGAUCAUGCUCGGUCGCCUACCCGCCAUCAGGCGGAACAAGCUCAUGGGGAAUGUCGUCUUCUGGCUUGGGCUAUACGCCGGCUUCCCUCUUCUUUGUGUCGCAUAUGUCGCAUACUA